AUGACAGGGCGCGCAAAAAGAAAGCCCAAAUCCAUUCAGGAGUCGGUAGAAGAAAACGGAGGAGUGAAGAAGAAACUGCGUCCAGAUGAUGUCAAGACCACACCCCUAUCCACGGUGUCUUCACAGCAACGUGAAGAGAUGCUGCAACUCUACAAAAUGCAAAUGCCUGAAGACCUGUACCAUUUCUGGGAUUUGUGCAAGGAACUUUGUCCAGACAACCCCUGUGGUGCCUUGAAAAACACUCUUGGAUUGCAACUGGUUGGUCCUUUUGACAUCCUGGCUGGAGCUCACCAAAAUUGCAAAAAUGCUGCUCCUAACUUCCACCUUCACUGGAGGUAUUUCUAUGACCCGCCAGAGUUCCAAACCAUUCUACAAGGCAGUGAGGAAAGUCAGCAUCACAUUGGCUAUUACAGAGAUAAUCCGGACUCUGUUCCCUCAUUUGUUGGGGAGAAUGAAGCUAAGAAAGGCUGCACCAUAUCACAGAUGGGAGACAACGUAUUUGCUGCUGUUCACCUGUUUCUGCUGAGGAAGAAAAAAGAAAAAGGCAAGCAGAAAACAAAGGAUUUCGAAAGUCUGGAGGCAAAGUUGAAUGAGCAAGCAGAGCAUCUAAACUUGUCUCUAGAGCAGAAGACCAAAGGAAUGAAGCAGCGGGACAAGAAGGUCGUCACAAAAACCUUCCACGGUGCUGGUAUUGUUGUUCCUGUUGACAAGAAUGAUGUGGGAUAUAGAGAGCUUCCAGAAACUGAUGCUGCUCUUAAAAAGAUCUGCAAGGCCAUUGCGGAAGCACAGAAUGAUGAGGAACGCGUCACAGCCUUUAGACCACUACAGAAAAUUAUCACGUUUGUGCAGUUUGCCAAUGAUGAAUGUGAUUACGGCAUGGGCUAUGAGCUAGGAGUGGACCUUUUCUGUUUCGGAUCUCAUUACUUCCACAAAGUUGUCAAACAACUUCUACUCAUGGCCUAUGAUUUACUGCAAAGGAAAUUGUUUGGAGAGAUUCUGGAGGCCCAUCUCACCAGCCGUAGCCAUGACAACCUGAACCAGCUCUCAUUUUGUUAA